AUGUCAAAGCCAAAGGUUGGAAUCAAGGGAUUUGGACGCAUCGGCCGUCUCGUGUUGGGCGCAGCCGCUCGUAGUCCGACACCGUCGAUGCUGUUUGCCGUCCACGAUCCGUCCAUUGACAUCGGCUACAUGGUUUACAUGUUCACGUAUGACUCCACUCACGGACGCUUCCAAAGGGAGAAGUUCGAGCUGAUGGAAACACCCUCAUCGUUUCCAAGGAGGGAAAGGGCACCCACAAGAUUGCCGUCUUCAACAGCCAAUUUUGAGAUUUCUAUGGUCAUCAUUUCUGCUCCAUCCGCUGAUGCGCCAAUGUUUGUGAUGGGAGUCAACGAGAAUCUCUAU